ACACAGACACAGUGGACAACAAGUAACAGCGCCGGCUGGCCGUGUCCGUCGCUGCUGCUGCUGCUGUGAGGAAGACGAGAGCACAGGGCAAACGGAGGAGAAGGAGAAGGAGAAGGCGGCCGACCUCUUCUCCGUCUUCAACCUUGCGCCGCGUCCAGCGCGUAGGUGAGGAGCCGAGUUUAGUAGAGUACUCUACUAAACAAACAAGCAAAGCAAGGCCGACGAAUCGAGGGAGAGGGAGGAAGCAGGCCAGCACGGGGUACGCCGAGGCACAGAACAACCGACAGGGUAUUUACUCCCCCCGCCCUUGUCUCGCCCCCAUUUCUCGCCCUUUCACUUCCAUCGCUCCCCUCCUCCUCUCCGAUUCUCUCCGCUUCCUCCAAACUUUUCCCUUUCCUACACCUCUCGCUAAAUCCUCUUCCUCUCAUCCUGUACUCGCCCUGCCAUGCUUCGCCGUGGAUUUUAACCGCUUGCUUCUAUUCGGAGGAACACAGUCAUCAGGCGAGCCAGCCAGGGACGGGAGUAAGAGAGAAGGGGUUCUUCCAUUUAUUUUUUUCCUCUCGGUUGAUCUGCCGCGCCGGCCGGUCGAGGAAGGGAGGAAGAAGUAUGUUUGGGGACUGCCAGGUCCUAUCCUCGAUGGCCGCGGUGGCCGGGGCCUCCUCGUCGGCGGACACGCUCUUCAUCCCCAACCCAGGCGCCCUCGCCGGGUUCAUGUCCUCCUCCUCCGCCGCCGCCGCCAUGCCAUUCCACCAUUUCUCCACCACCGCCGCCUCCCUCGUACCAAAGGAGGAGGGCGGCAUCAUGGGUGCGCUCCAGGUGGCCAAGGACGAGGACAUGGAUCAGCUGGAGAUGGAGAUGGAGCUCAGCGGCGGCUCCGGGAGCGGCCACCUGGACGGCCUGCUCAGCUUCGCCGACGUGGACGACGACCGGCCGGAGCAGAAGCCGCAGCACAGCGGCCUCGAGCUCCAGACGACGGCGGAUGCCGCCGGACAGCAGCAGCAGCUGGCCACCGCCAACGGCAAGAAGAAACGGUACCACCGCCACACGGCACACCAGAUCCAGCAGAUGGAAGCGCUGUUCAAGGAGUGCCCGCACCCGGACGACAAGCAGCGGCUGAAGCUGAGCCAGGAGCUGGGGCUCAAACCCCGCCAGGUCAAGUUCUGGUUCCAGAACCGGCGCACCCAGAUGAAGGCGCAGCAGGACCGCGCCGACAACGUCCUCCUCCGCGCCGAGAACGAGAGCCUCAAGAGCGACAACUACCGUCUGCAGGCCGCCAUCCGCAACGUAGUCUGCCCCAACUGCGGCCACGCCGCCGUCCUCGGCGAGAUGUCGUACGAGGAGCAGCAGCUCCGCAUCGAAAACGCUAGGCUCAAGGACGAGCUCGACCGCUUGGCGUGCAUCGCGACCCGGUACGGCGGCGGCCGACAGCCGAGCAUGUCGUCGUCCGCGCUGGUCUGCUUAUCGGCGCCGCCGCCGGUGCUCAUGCCGCCGCUCGACCUCGACAUGAAUGUCUACUCUCGCCAUUUCACCGACCAGUCCCCAGUCAUGGGUUGCGGCGACCUCAUCCAGUCCGUCCUCGGGCCGCCGUCGCAGCAGAUCACCGGGGGCGCCGAGCACCACGCCUCCACGCCGUCGUUCAUGGGCGCCAUGGCGCCUGUCCAGGAGCAGGACAGGCAGCUGGUGCUCGACCUCGCCGCCGCGGCCGCAGACACCCUCGCCAAGAUGUGCCGCGCGGGCGAGUCGCUCUGGCUGCGGCGCCGUGGCGCGAGCUCCGAGGUCAUGGUAGCCGACGAGCACGCCCGGAUGUUCAGCUGGCCUGUCAACGGCGGCCAGCAGGAUAGCAGUGCCUCCCCUGGCGGCGCCGCGGCCAGGACCGAGGGAUCAAGGGACGGCACCGUGGUUAUCAUGAACAGCAUCACGCUGGUGGAUGCCUUCCUGGACGCUAACAAGUGGAUGGAGCUGUUCCCUUCGAUCGUAUCCAAGGCAAGAACCAUUCAGAUCAUAAACCAUGGAGCUGCAUCUGGUCAUAUGGGCAGUGGAUCUCUCCUCUUGAUGCAAGCGGAGUUGCAGUUCCCGUCUCCUUUGGUGCCUGCGCGAGAGGUGGUGUUCUUCAGGUACUGCGUGCACAACGGCGACGAGGGGACCUGGUCCCUCGUCGACUUCCCGGCCGAGGGGUUCCAGCUGGAGGCACUGCAAACCCCAUCUGUUGUAAGGUGCUGUAGGCGCCCCUCCGGUUGCAUCAUCCAGGACAUGCCCAAUGGCUACUCUAGCGUGGUGUGGGUGGAGCACACGGAGAUUGUUGGAGAGGAGAAGCCACUGCACCAGGUGUUCAAGGACUACGUCGCCAGCGGCUCUGCCUUCGGCGCCACGCGCUGGGUAUCCCUGCUCCAGCGCCAAUGCGAGCGCCUUGCCAGUGAGCUCGCCCGCAACAUCGCCGACCUGGGAGUGAUCCGCACACCAGAGGCGAGAACAAAUAUGAUGAAGCUGUCACAGCGGAUGAUCACUAGUUUCUCUGCCAACAUCAGUGCUUCUGGGAGCCAAUCUUGGACUUCACUCUCAGAAACUACAGAGGACACGAUCAGGGUCACUACUCGCAAGAACACGGAUCCGGGGCAGCCCAGCGGUGUCAUUCUAACCGCUGUCUCUACAAGCUGGCUUCCUUUCAACCAUCAGAAGGUCUUCGAGCUUCUUGCCGAUGAACAACAGCGUUGUCAGCUUGAGAUUAUGUCAAGCGGGGGCUCACUUCACGAAGUGGCACAUAUUGCAAAUGGAUCACACCCAAAGAAUUGCAUUUCUCUUCUUAGAAUCAAUGCUGCAAGCAACUCAUCCCAGAACGUGGAGCUCAUGCUGCAGGAGAGCAGCACCCACCCCGACGGCGGGAGCCUCGUGGUGUUUGCGACCGUGGACGUGGACGCCAUCCAAGUGACAAUGAGCGGCGAGGACCCUUCCUACAUCCCUCUCCUCCCGCUGGGCUUCGCCAUCUUCCCGGCCGCCAACCCUUCGGCUGCAGCAACCAGCGCCGCAGGCUCCGGCGACGGCCAAAGCAGCCCAGCAGGUAACGCCGACGAGCCCGCCAGCGGCUGCCUCCUCACCGUGGGCAUGCAGGUGCUCGCUAGCGCUGUGCCCUCGGCUAAGCUGAACCUCUCGAGCGUGACCGCGAUCAACAGCCACGUCUGCAACGCCGUCCACCAGAUCACAGCCGCGCUCAAGGGCGCUGGGGCGAGCGGGGCCGCUGAACCGGCGGCUGCUGCCUCCGAGUAGUAGCAAGAGCGGGAGCAGAGGAGAGCAGAUCCAUACACCACAACAAAAGCCAAAUUGCCUUCCAGGUCCGGUUGUUUCUGCUGACAGACAUCCCAGUGCAAGAGAGGGUUUGACAGGAGCCCGAAACCAACACACGGAAAGUUCAAAAACCCCCCUUCUCUUUCCCGCCAUAUGCCUCUUAAAAUGACAAAAAUACCCCUGACCGAACGAAGAGAAUGGUGGGGGCAUUUUGAUCAUUUUGGGAAGCUAGUGCGGUGUCAUCUACAGCUACUGGAAAAGAAAGGGUCCUGUCAAGCUCUCACUUGUGCCGGCCGAUUCUCUAUCACGCAGAAAACAAUCCGGGGCAGCUUGGUCAUGCAGGUGUUGCUGCUGGUAGCUCUCUCUCUCUCGGUCUGUUCCCUUGCUCAGAAGUCAGAACUGUGAAGAAGGUUAGCUUCGAUUGGUAUGCUUAUUUCGAUUUUUGUAAUAAUAAUAAGACGGGAGAUUUACCUAGUAGUUCGCGCGUAAUGGUCGGGCGUAGAGCCGUGUAACUCUGUAUUAGAAGAGACUGAGGACUUGAUUGUUUAGGAGAGCAAGAGAAAAGGUGCGAGAGGAGGAGUCAAGAGCGAACCAAACCAGUUGUGACCAUCUGAUCCCAGGCUAUCAGGGAAGAAGGGUCUUGGUUCGGGAAUUGACUUGUUCCCUCUCUGCACCGCCUGUUUGUGCUGCUACUCAAGCUCGUUUGAUUACGUUGGUAGGUUGUUUUUAUCA